UUUCAGGUGUUUGAUUAUUAAAGUACCAAGAAACGGUUAUCUCAAUGAGCGACCCCGAAAAAAAUCGGAAAUUAGGUGAAAGUGUGCGUUGUUUACGUGAACAAGGACUAACAUUUUCUCAAAUUUCUCAAGAACUAAAGCAACCGCUAUCGACGUGUUAUUCAGCCAUGAGAUCACUCAAAUUAUCGAAGGACUAUACAGAAACUCUGAAGAUGGUUGUGAAGAAAAGAAAACGUGAUUAUGCUGGAUCCUUACAGUCUAGUGGCAGUUGCUGUUCAAGUUCGGAAUCAGAUCAGUUGGUUGAUGAAUCUCCUUCCCUUCAAACUUCAUCAUCCUUCACUCUUCCAUCACCUACCUAUGCAUCCUACAGUUUGACAUCGACUACAAACCAGCUUUUGCAUGCGGUGAACAAAUCAAUCGAAGCGGCUCCAUGGCAUCAACAGCUUAGUUCCAAUAUGAAAAAUGAAGGGGAGGGCGAAGGACGUUGUGUGACUACUGAUACACCGACGACAUUUCCAAUUGCUGUUACCUCUUUUACCGAUACGGAAACCGUUUCAUCCUUCGUGCCAUAUCGAGAAAUAAAUCAGGAAACCGCUUGUUUUCUGGAAGAGACUAAACGUAUUGCUUCACCAGUACCACUUAAGGGUAACGAUGGCACGAAAGUAACGGUUUUAGAGGGGAAUGCUGAGAAUGCCAUAAGUCAAAAGCUAACAUGGGCUUUGGAACAAUUGGAAAACUCGAAGAAACCUGAUGAAAUUGUACAGCUGAUGAAUGUGAUCGCCAGUGCUUUGAACAUAUUGAAUAGUUUGAGAGUCAAAGAUAAUUCUACGCCAUAAAUUUAAUGACAUUUUUUGAUGUCUUCUGCUCAUUAUGUCUACUGUGUUAAAAACAAC